UUCUCUCUAUAAAUGCACAGCAAAGAAAUCCCUUGGUAGUUCAUUAGCUUUCCCCUUCUAGUGAAAUCUCGCGCUAGGGUUCCUGAUCUCGAGGCUCUCAAAGCUUUGGGCAUAACAAAGACUACGAAGGACAAAUCAAGCUAGCCGAAAGGUCGUUUCCAUCAUCAACACUCAAGAGUUCAUGUCUGAUCUCGACGUUCAGAUUCCCACUGCUUUCGAUCCUUUUGCUGAGGCAAAUGCUGAAGACUCUGGUGCUGGAAAAAAGGAUUAUGUGCAUGUGCGCAUUCAGCAGCGCAACGGCAGAAAGAGUCUGACUACUGUGCAAGGAUUGAAGAAAGAUUUUAGCUACAGCAAGAUCCUCAAGGAUCUCAAGAAGGAGUUCUGCUGUAAUGGUACUGUAGUCCAGGAUCCAGAACUUGGACAGGUUAUUCAACUCCAGGGUGAUCAGAGGAAGAAUGUUUCUACUUUCCUUGUUCAGGCGGGCAUUGUGAAGAAGGAGCACAUCAAAAUCCAUGGUUUUUGAGAAGCCUCUCUCAUCGAUUGAUUAGUACUUGAAGACUGCGUUUUAUCUACUUAGCUUUUUUUUAUAGUUGCUUUACUAUUUCAUGCUUGAACUUGUACCUUGUGUGGUUGUAUUGGAGCAUAUAUGGCUCGUGUCUUUAGACUUGGCUGGCACUCUAUUAUAAAUGAAAACUUGUCUUUCAUUCUG